AUGGAGACCGUGUUUCUCGACCCCUCCGACCAGGUGGGGGCAGCUCGGGAUGCGGGGGGCGUUUUACCGGCGGAUCGCAGUUCCAGCAGCAGCAGAAGUUGGACUCACAAUGGUGUCCCACCUUUGCAUCAGCAACAGCCGCAGCAACAACAGCGACUACAGCAACAGCGUGCAUUUGUGGCAAUCAACGAAGUCGGAAGUGAGGCAUGCAAUGCAGCUUCAAGGGGCCCUAAAGGCGGCCAGCUUGCGGGAGCCCACGCGAGCCCUUCGAAGGCUAGGGGAUACUCGAUGUACAUAAAUUGUACUACAUGGGCCAGUGACAGCCACGGUCUAUUCGACUACGAGUCACGAAAUGUCGCGAAAAAGACCUACAGAAUCAACUGCAUGCAUGACUCUUACUGCUGCGUCCGAAUAGCGGGUGAGGUCUCGGUGUCACCCGAGGAAGAAGCCCUGGAACUGUUGGAAAAGACUCGCUGUGGAGAUGCUGUGGAGGCCAAGGCUCUUCUAAGGAUAACUUGGAUAGACGGCGCGUACUGCGUGCUUCCACCCUUACCGCCGUCUACUGCUCUUGCUGGUGCUGCUUCUGCUCCGGCUGCUGCCGCUGCUGCAGCCAAUCCUGCUUGUGGCACAACGGCUGCAAGGACGCCGGAGCAACCAUCAGCUGCAGCAGCACCCGAAUACACACAACAGCAGCAGCAGCAGCAGCAGCAGCAACAAAGGCGGCCAGCUCUUGGGGAAGCUCCGGGGGAGCCGGCCGCUGAUGGGCCAGCAAGACAUGUAGCAUCUCGUGUCCCCACUACAACAGAUCGGUUGCAGAGGGAGCAGCGUACUAGGGAGGCGUCGUCAGCAAUCAGCAAUACAGAUGAGCAGGCGGCAGCAGCAGCAGCUGCACAAGCAGCAGCCGCCGCUGCAGCAAUGCAAGCGGCUGCCACAAUAGCAGCAGCGGAAGCAGUGCAGGCAACUGUGGCAGGAGGAGUGGCUGACGGAGCAGCAGAAACUGACGCCCAUGGUGCUGCCCGCACAGGCGCAGAAACAGGCGGCCGAGGGUCUGAGACUCCAGAAGCAGCUGCUGCAGCUGCUGCAGCAGCUGCUGCGGUGAUUGCCGCCCCAGCAGCAGCUGCUGCAGCCACUCCUGCCGACGCGUCAGCAACAGCGCUACCUGGGAGAACAGGGCUAGCAGCAGUUCGCGGAUCCAAUUCGCGAACGGGGGCGCAGGCAAAUCGUGCGGAGGCGGACAAGGUGUGGCUGGUGGUUCGGAGUCUGCGGGACUGCGGCGGCGUUCGUUUGGUAGAGGGUGAUAUCCUGAAACUAGGAAGGUUCCGCCUAAAGGUCAAAGAGGCUGUGCUUAAUCAGCAGCAAGCGCUUCAAGCCACAGCCAGGCAGCGCCCUCACCUGGGAGAUGUUGACGACUGUGAAACAGUAGCGCCAGAGCCAGAAAGUGCAGCAGCAGCAGUUGCAGCAGCAGUGGGAGACAAUGGCUUUGACUCCGGUGAAGAGGUGGUUCCUGAUGCAGUUGCGGAUGGCGAAGACGCUGCUGCAGCUGCCGCUGCUGCAGUGGAAGGUGCAGCAGCAGCAGCAGCCGCUGCUGCUGUUUCUGCUAACUGUCCUGUUCCCUCCGCGGCGGAGCAGCCCGUGUUCAGCACGCUGCCGAGCAGAGAGGCCUUUGGCCCUUCGCCCGUAGCGACGCAUGCUGCAGCAGCUGCAGCAGCAGCAGCAGCUGCUGCAGCUGCUGCUGCAGCACUGCCGCCAGGGUCUCCACUGAGGGCUGUGGCAGCUGCAGCGGCAGCAGCGGGCAGCCGGGCUGCACUGGCAGGUCCGCUAUCCCGUUGCGUAUCUGAAGGCUGUCUUCUCACUCCAAAGGGCUCAGGUGUAGGAGGGGAACUUUUCUACGAAACGGGAGAAGUGGGAAGCCAUUCAGCGGAUGGAGCUUCGGCAAUGGGUCUUCGCCCCCUCAGUGCCGAUGCGAGAGCCAGCAGAAGCAGUCUCUUCUCUCGUCCCGCCUGUCGCAUUUGCCUCUGUGAAGCAUCAGAGGAUGAUGAUCCAGAUACGAACCCACUAGUAGCUCCCUGCCGCUGCAAAGGCAGCAUGCAGUUCGUGCAUUUGCAAUGUCUCCGCACGUGGAUGGAAGGCCGACUUAAUAUUCGCAAUGACGGCUCGACUGUCGGAUAUUUCCUCCGCUCUUUGGACUGUGAACUGUGCAAAGCACCUUAUCCGUCUCUGGUGGAGGCCAACAGGAAGGUGAUAGAGCUUUUUGCAAUUCCUAGACCUCAGUAUCCUUACUUUAUUCUGGAGCCACGCAGCACUCAUCCUACCGCAGCGGGAGGCACGGCGCCGCCCAGGGGCCUCCAUGUUGUCUCUCUUUCCAGCAGGAGAGUCGCACGACUGGGAAGGGGUCACGACUCGGAUAUCCGACUUAGUGACAUAUCUGUCUCCAGAUUUCAUGCAGUCAUCAGGCACCAACAGGGAGGUUUUUUUUUAGAAGAUCAGAGGAGUAAAUUCGGCACCCUUGUGGAACUUAAGAGGCCCCUAAAACUUGAGAGGUGGAUCAGCGGGGUAUCAUUUCAGGUCGGCCGCACAGUCAUUUCCAUCUCCAUCCGGCGGCACUGGAACUUCAUACCUUCGUGCCUUCGUUCACAGAGAAGCAUUGAGUCAGAUGUCAGGUUUAUUGAUUCUGCGGGGCCUCAAAGCGUUCCUGCAGCGCUUGCAGGCUUCAAUUGGCAUUCUCUUCUAGGAGGGGGAGCGGCGGGGGGGCCCUCGGGGACCUCUCGGCUUGCAGCCCUCAUGCAUCGGCAGACCGCAGCGAGCCCAAGGCAUCAGCAGGCACCAGGAGCUGUACCUGCUGCGGACGCUGCUGAUGUUGGUGCCGCUGCUGGUGCUGGCGGUCCUGUUGCCGCUUCUGCCCCAGCUGCUGCUGCAGACACAGGUUUGGCCUCGCAGCAGCCACAGCCGGAGCAACAAAGCCAAGAAGAGGCUCCAGCACAUCACGGCGAGGCGCCCACCCCAGGGGACUUUGCAGCCGACCAGGACGACAGUAGGCGCAUGGCGGAUACACAGCAGCAGCGGCAGCUGCUCCGGCAGCAGAUACAAGAAUUGCAGCAACGAGGAGUAGUUGAUGGGGGCUCCUCAGCAACCCCACAAAAUGCCUCCACUCUUCCCACAGGCAGUGUGACUCAACAGUGA